AUGGUUAAAGAACUUGAUGAAUUCCAUUUGUGGGCUGGUGGUGAUGGUGGUACUGUUGUUAACGAUGAUGAUUAUGAAGAUUUUGAGAGUUUGCUUUUUAGAGAGAAUAAUAAGCUUUUAGCAGAGAAUGAUGAUGAACGGAAUAUGCUUGCGUUUGAAGUAAACCAGAGAAUUAUAGAGACACCAAGAAUGAGCUAUGAACAGGAUGAGAUGGCUAAAAAGCUUUUGCGGUUGAAUCCACUUGGUUUACAACUCAAUCUGGCAUCAAACUGGACGAACUCAAUAACGAAUCCAAAAUAUACUAGAACAGUUGAAGCCGGAGCAACCUAUGAAUCAUGUGAGCAAAGCAGGAGUAGCAUUGAUUUUGGUCAGCAACCAAUGUCUGAGAAGUUGAAGGCCUCCAACUUUGCUGCCACAUUUAUCAGAAUCGGCUCUUGGGAGAGAAAAUCUAAGAAUGAAGGUGACCUGGUGGCUAAGUGUUAUUUUGCUAAGAAGAAGCUGGUGUGGGAACUCUUGAAAGGGGGUCUGAAAAGCAAGAUUGAGAUUCAAUGGAAUGAUAUAAUUGGAAUAAGUGCUGUAAUCAAGGAGAAUGAACCUGGAACUCUACAAGUUGAGCUAAACCUGGCUCCUACUUUCCAUGAGGAAACUGAUCCGCAGCCGCGGAAACAUACCAUUUGGAAGCCAACAUCAGACUUCACAGGAGGGCAAGCUUCCAUUUGCAGGUGA